UAAAAAAAGGGAAGGAAUGAAACAAUUUCAAUUGCAAGGGGUGCAACAUAUAGAUGAUACAACACUGCGUUGCGUUGGUGCGUAUGCCGGUUGCCGGUCCACGCGCGCUCACAUUUCGAAGCGGGUCGAGCGUGUGCGAGACGCGUCGCGUAAGUAAAAGGGGAUUUGUGCAACGGUCGUCAGUCGUCAGUAGGAAUCGGGAUUUCGUGCGGUUUAGACGUGCUAUUCCGAAGCGUGCUUCAAUCUCGCAGUCAUAGUACGCGAUACCAGUAGCACGUGUUCGCGACGUUUGACGUACAAAGAUACACUCAACACGUGUCUAUCACUAGAGGAACAGAAAAAAUUCGUGAAAAAGAAUUUGUCAGUUCGUGUUUCUUAUCAUUUCGACGCGAUAAUGGUUCUAUUAAGAAGUUGGGUCUUUCAAGAUUCGUUGCCAGAAUAAAGUACAACACGUGCGACAGCGAGACAGAUCUAUGGUGCGAGAGGUUAUGGGAAAAUCAAGACUUUAAUCUCAUUUGGAUUUUUUACGCGCUUACAGGACGUGAGUUUAACGAACGAAAAGGUCGACAGUCAAAAGCACGUGAUCACGACCGGUGUUAUCGAGCAACCGCCUUGACGAAUCAAUAAAUUCCCGAAGAGGAAACCGCAGAGAAAUUAGAUUGCUGUUUGAACGGCAUUGUACGUACGAUCAUUCGAACCAUUGAAUCGCAGUGCAUUUUUCAAUCACAUCAGAAGGAAAGGAAGCAGUACAAAAACACGUUAAGAAGACGAAAUUAAUAUGGCACACGAAAACGGAAUAAAUGGUGGUGAUACCGAUUCGGAGACAAUGGAGCUAAAUCCUAUGAGGAGAACCAGAUUUCACGUGAAUCGGGUCGAUAGUCUCGAAGGUCGGGCCAGUCUCCUUGGCGAGCAAGAGACCAAGAAAUCCCUCAGGCACAUGACCAGGGAGGCCUUGCCCAGACUAGACAAUUACAGGAACAUCAUGAGCAUCCAGGCGGCUCACAGGCCUUCGUUGGACGAGUUGCACAAUCCCACUCUUCUCAACAAGGGCCCAGGAUCGCACACAUUAACUGUUCCGCAAAUAAAAUCCGCGACCGGAGUGAAAUUUGGAUGGAUUCAAGGAGUGCUUAUGCGAUGUCUUCUCAACAUCUGGGGAGUAAUGCUUUUCCUGCGACUCUCCUGGGUCAUAGCGCAGACCGGAAUAGGUCAAGGUAUUUUAUUGAUUCUCACGACGACAGUAGUCACGACAAUCACAUCCUUGUCGAUGUCAGCAAUCAGCACGAACGGUCUCAUCAAAGGAGGUGGAACAUACUACAUGAUUUCCAGAUCAUUAGGACCCGAAUUUGGAGGCUCCAUAGGUCUCAUAUUUUCUUUGGCGAAUGCUGUCGCUUGUUCCAUGUAUGUGGUCGGAUUUUGUGAGAGUUUAGUGGAUUGUCUUGAUUCCUACGGCCUCUGUAUAGUUGACUGUGCAACCACAGAUAUUAGGAUUAUAGGCUGUAUAACAAUAGUUAUACUUCUAAUAAUCGUGAUAAUCGGUUUGGAAUGGGAAGCAAAGGCACAAGUAUUCUUGCUAGUAAUCCUCCUUUUGGCUAUCGGUGAUUUUAUGAUCGGCACGUUCGUCGGUCCCAAAAGCGAAGAAGAAAGAGCUAAAGGAUUCAUCGGAUAUAACGCCGAACUAUUUAAGGAGAAUUUAUAUCCGGAUUAUAGAGACAACGAAGGCGUGAAACAUAAUUUUUUUUCAGUCUUAGCCAUUUUCUUCCCAGCAGCAACAGGUAUCCUGGCAGGUGCAAAUAUAUCUGGUGACUUAAAGGAUCCGCAAACGGCGAUACCAAAAGGCACUCUACUAGCGAUCAUAUUGACAUCGCUAUCAUACUUAAUGAUGGCGAUCAUGGUUGGGAGUACCGUUAUGCGAGAUGCAUCCGGCAAUGUUACUGAUUUAUGGUCGACGUAUAAUUCUUUUUCGGCGCUGUCAAUACUCGGCGCAAACAAUAGCACUGCGAUCGAAAAUACUACAAUUGAGUAUGUUAAUCGCACUUGGAGUAAAUACCAAACGGCUUUUAACUGUACAGGAGGAUGCAGUUACGGCACUCAUAACAGUUUCGAGGUGAUUCAACUAGUUUCCGUUUUCGGCCCUAUCAUCUAUGCCGGUUGCUUCGCGGCUACAAUUUCAAGUGCCUUAGCAUCGCUAGUCUCAGCACCGAAAGUAUUCCAAGCGCUUUGUCUGGAUAAGCUGUAUCCGGGAAUUGCGUGGUUUAGUGGAGAAAAAGACAAAGAACCGAUUCGCGGUUAUUUACUCACUUUUAUCAUUGCUGUCGGUUUCAUCUUGAUCGGUGAAUUGAACAUGAUUGCGCCGCUUAUCUCAAACUUCUUUUUGGCUGCUUAUACUCUCAUUAAUUUCAGUACUUUUCACGCUUCUCUUGCUAAGCCGAUCGGAUGGCGGCCAACUUUCAAGUAUUACAACAUGUGGCUUAGUCUUGCUGGCGCUAUUCUUUGCGUUUCUGUGAUGUUCCUGAUCUCAUGGUGGACGGCUUUAAUAACAUUAUGUGUAGUUUUAGCACUAUAUUUAAUAGUUUCAUAUAGAAAGCCUGAUGUAAAUUGGGGCUCAACCACACAAGCCCAGACUUACAACAAUGCGUUGACCGCUGUGCAACAAUUGGAUCGAGUGGAGGAACAUGUGAAAAAUUAUAGACCACAACUCUUGGUUCUCACUGGCGCGCCAAACAUGAGAGCUUCGCUCGUCGAUUUCGCUCAUCAUAUCACUAAACAUCAGAGUUUAUUUAUUUGUGGCCAUAUUGUCGAGACACCCAUAUCAUACAAGACACGCAACAGUAUGGUGCAGAAUUGUUCUUCCUGGCUCAGAGCGAACAAAAUCAAGGCGUUUUAUUCUUUAGUGGAUGGCGCGAGUUUCCAAGAUGGUGCUACCUCGCUUCUGCAAGCUGCCGGACUCGGGAAAAUGAGGCCUAAUAUUUUGCUAAUGGGCUAUAAGCAAGAUUGGGCCACCUGUUCUCAAGAUAAAUUGAAUAUGUAUUUCAACAUUAUGCAUAAAGCUCUGGAUAUGCACAUAGCAGUAGCGCUUCUUCGGCUUCAGGAAGGUUUAGAUUGUAGCGUGGUCGGAGAUAUCGAGGAGCAAAAGAGACUCACAUUGCCUACAUCGAUACCAGGCAAUCAAAGUUUCUCACAGCUUAGCCAAGCUAGUAGUGUAUCUGAUAUAUCAAUUCCUGGUAGUCCUACGCCAAGACGUUCAAAAACGAUUAACGAAUAUCCCAAUCCGUCCUCCGAGGAGCAGCGCGAAAAUCGAUCAAAUAUAAUGCCAAUCACGAAUAUACUUAAUGUAGUAACGAAGUUCCAACGGAAGCAUAAGAAGGGUACUAUCGACGUGUGGUGGCUAUACGAUGACGGUGGCUUGACGCUUCUCUUGCCCUACAUUAUUAGCACGAGGCGUAAUUGGUCUAAUAGUAAAUUAAGGGUAUUUGCGCUUGCCAAUAAAAAUUCUGAAUUGGAAUAUGAGCAAAGAAACAUGGCGAGUCUCCUAUCAAAAUUUCGGAUAGACUAUUCCGCAUUGAAGGUCAUACCAGAUAUUUCAAAACCUGCACAAACCAGUACAAAAACAUUCUUCGAUUCAUUAAUAGCUAGCUUUCAAGAAUCAACUGAUUCGAAAAAUUCGGAUGACGAUGUUAUUAAAGAUUCGGAACUUAUGGCAAUGAAAGAAAAAACUAAUAGACAUCUACGUUUGCGUGAAUUAUUAUUUGAAAAUUCCAUGGAAGCAAACUUAGUCGUUAUGACACUUCCAAUGCCUAGGAAAGGUGCUGUAUCAGCGCCUCUUUACAUGGCAUGGCUAGAGACACUGACGCGUGAUAUGCCACCAUUCUUAUUAGUACGGGGUAACCACACAUCAGUUUUAACAUUUUACUCAUAAUAAUUGACGAAAG